AUGCCGAUGCUCACGCAAGAACAGGUGGACGAAUUUUUGUCCACCACUGUGUAUGGCCUCCUCAAAAACGACAAGAACGUCACACCGCAAUUCAUCGCACGCCAGAAGGAACUACUGGAAGUGCUGAAAGAGGACAGACACCUGGUAGCGAUACGGAGCUCGAAGACUAAGGUAUUUCUAUUUGAACUUAGAUGUUGGUUCAGGGGGUGCUAAUUCUUGUGGUGGUGUAGUAGUUUAUUAUUAUUUCUCUCACCCUCUAAUGUGAUGAAUUUAAUUCUCUCGUCCCUGCUCUCCCUCAACAGACGAGUCAAUGCACAUCGAUCUUAAUCUUAUCAUCUUCGUCAAUCUUAUCAUCUUCUUAUUAAUCGAUCUUAAUAAUCUUAAUCUUAUUGUCACCAGCAAUCAAUCAAUCAAUCAAUCAAGAAUAACUCAAUCACCGAAGCUGCAUACCAUUUCUUCAGCUCUGUCUCCUCCACGCGGCUGCAUCGAAUAACGCUUUACUCCUAGGCAAAUUCCUGGUGGAUAAGGUGAAUGCCACGAUCAUGAACUUUGAUCCGCACGCGAAAGCUGCAAUGGGCGAUGACGAUGAGGACGAAUCACCAAGUUCCAUUAAGACCCUGAGAUAUCUAUUGAUUGUAAACCCUGAGAUAUCUAUGGAUUAUGUUGGAUACAUUCGAACACAGACUGUUAAGUCGCGUCUAGUUUCUCGGUGAGAAACACUUGAGAGCGAUACUGUUUGCACAAUUUGCACUCACAGCCUGAGACUAAUGAUCUCUGGUUGGUCAUUUCUCCGGGGCGAGCACAGGACGGGCCGGGCCCUUCCUCUGGGUCACCGUAUCUUACCUCGUAUCCAGGCCUUGCCCGGCGGCUUCGCAGCAUGGAUGCCGUUCCUUAGCCCUCCCAGUGACGGGUGUGUCGAAUUCUGACAUCAGUCGGAUUCGAGCCCUGCGUCAUUCAGAUCCGGAGAAACUGAACUGAGACACUUGACCACUAGGCGAAAUGAUCCCUGUGGAUGUUCAUUGGGGUUGCAAGGAAGAAGUCUCAGCUUCAUCAUUGGGAUAUCAUGUUGCAUGGGGGAAAUUUCAUAUGCUUCAUACGGAUACGCUUAUGCUAUCUAUCAUCAUUGACUCAUACGAUCAUCAUGCACUGGCGUUCAUCAUUGGUCAGAACUUGACAAGACGUUACGGACCUGAUUACAGCUAUGAAACACUCACCAUUCCUGCUAUCUGAAUACGUUGAAGGUCCUUUGCCUGAUGAUCACUGAUUUUGGAACUAUAUGCAUUUAGGUCUUUAGGUUAUCUUUGAGAUCAUUCCGGUGCUGUUUUGUCCUUGACUGUAUUGGGAGGCUUGAGCCACAAACGAGAGAGAGAGGAGAAGCCAGAGACACCCGCGCGACGGUAAACCCGUCGGGCGUUUGGAUGGUGUUCCGGUAACCUUUUGCCUGGCGAUCUUGGUCAUUUUGCUGAUCUUUAUCCUUGUGAUCUUUGUGAAUCCAUUAGGAUUAUGACCUUGACCAACACCCCUCCUCAAUCGUUGCGUGUCGAAGUCCCUAGUCUCUGGACUACCACGGAAGUCAUAUCUCCUAGCUGCUCUUCUAUGGCUACGGUAUACUCGGCUAGAAACCAAAAUAAACCGAAUAUACUACACUAUAGUAAGCUAAAUCAUCCCCAUUCGUUUCAUCGUCUGAGGAAUCACAAUCAUCAUGCUCAACUUUAGUUAUCGGGUUAUCUAUAUGGUGAAGUAGUAGUCUACGUUGAGACGAACUACAUUCUAACUUAGUUAAGCCAUCAGCCUUCAUUAAGUUAGUUGGACAGAAAACUAUCUUACUGGCCGCAUCACGCACACGCAAGUAGCGAAGUGCAUAAUGGCGACUCUUCGGGCGUGUGUCAGUUGCUUUGGCUGUUGUGAUCGCGGAUUGGUUGUCGAUCCAGAGCACAGCAUUGUCUAAAGAGGGAGACAAGCCGUUCUGUGUGUGUACCAACUGAGUUGGUAGAGGCCUAUAGAAGUCUGUAAAGUCAUGCAGUUCACUAAGCACAAUAGUGUCAGAAGCUGCAAUAUAUUCACUUUCAGCCGUAGAAUAGGCACGGACAGUUUGUCGGUUACUUCUCCAAGCAAUUGGAACGCCUUUGAAAUACAUGAUCGAUCCACUUGUACUUCUCAUAGUCUUUACGCAGUUGGCGAAACCUGCAUCACUAAAGAUAUUCACCUCUGGCAUAUCUCUGCCUUCAGGUAGUAACUUUGAAUAGAUUCUAUUGAAUUCUUCUUCUUGCUCUGGUGAGUAUUCCAGUCCUUGGUCUCUCGUUGUCACCAGAUACUUUAGCACUUUUCUGGCUGCUUUAACCAUUCUUGUUGACGCGGGUUUGCUGACAUGUCUAGCCAAUGCUGCCACCGGUACAGAAAUGUCCGGGCGCGCGGUUACAGCUACCCAUAGCAAGGCACCAACUACCUCACGAAAGGGAUACCCUUCGACUAUCUUGAUCCCCUCCUCAAGAAAAGCCGACUCGUCAAAAUUGGGCGAGUAAACCGGUUUUCCGACAUCAAUUUCGAAUUUCUUUGCGAUUUUAUCAAUGUACUCCUCCAUAUUGAGCCGAAAUGUUCGAGCUUCACGGCAGUAGUACACGAUGGCACCUAAGAAGUCGAACCUGAGCCACGUUUGACCCCAAGGGGUUGGAACGGACUCCACAUCAAUCGCACGGCCAGGGGCACGCGAGAAGAUGAGUUCUAGUUCGGUCUUGAGCUCAUCAAGAUCAGGACCCGUUGCAAGAUUGUCAUCAACAUAGACUGACAUCUUGAGGAACUUCCCAGGUACCUUCGCACUCGGCUUUCUCCAUAAGCCUGGCGCAGAAUCACACGGCUCCCAGCCAAUACUGGCUAGUAUGUCGUGAUAUUUCUUGAACCAUGCUCGUGGUGCGUCCUUCAAGCCGUAUAAGGCCUUCUUGAGCUUCACGAUCUCGCGUCCAUGCUUCUCUGCCCAGAUGGGUGGGAGACGGCAGAAGACAUCGCGAUCGAGUUCAGCAUUGAGGAACGCAGAAUCUAAAUCGAACGGGAUCACAUAGUCCUGUUCUGACGCAGCAGAUGUCAGGAGCAGCCUAUUAGCGGCGUGUGAAACUACGGGAGCAAAGGUGUUUAGCUCUCCUGAACGAUCUAGAUUACCGAGGACACAAGCGCGAGCCUUGUAUCUUCCACAUCUUUUAAUAGUUAGAAUUAUGGCAAUUGGUAGAGCCUGUCGCGCGGUCGCAAGCUCCUCGUCAGAAGCUUCUUUCCACGUUUCAAAGGCUAGUAGUCUCGCAUGCUCUUUGUCAAUAACCUCCCGCCAUUUGUCGGCAUCAGGAGACUUGAGUGCUUGAGCAACGGACAAAAUCACAUAUGAUUCGACGAAUUCCUCAUCUUCGUCUAAUUCACACGUGCCACCUACUGCACUAGCGAACAGCGCCACAUUCUUUCUCAGUUCUUCUAACUGUUUCUUUGUUCUUCGAACCCUGCUGCCUGCUUUGUCCUUCGCUCCUUUUGGUCGGCCACGCUUCUUGACGUGUGUACGGCGUUCGCCUGCCACAACACGUGCUGGAGAAGGCGCUUUCGACUUAGACGGACUUAGCGGAGCAGAUGUCUCGCGAUCCUUCGCUUCAGCAUUCCCCUCCUCAAGUGAAACACCUUUUGGAGAGUCAGCUGCGUUGGAUUCCUCUACUUUAUCCAGUGUCUCAAUAAAUAAUUCGUCGGAAAUCGCGGUCGGUCCACCUGGAAUGUGCUCCGUGCCAGAGAACCCCGAUUGAUGAUCCAGCCUUUGCACUGACUGUCCAAGCAAGGGGGAGCCCAGCGACGACGCGCCACUCUGCAGAUUUUCCAGUUCGUCAUACUCAAUGUAGAUGCCCUUCUGAUCUGGCAAAAGCCAAUCGAUAUUUUUAAUUAGAUAGUCCUCUCUGAACUUUACAUCUAGGGUAGAGUAUUCCGCCCAUCGAUGUCCAAGCUUGCAACGAUCGUCAUGAGCGAAAGUUCCAACCAACCAACCAGACGACUUCGGACAGAGUCCAAGGAAGACGCCACGGCGGUACUUGGCCGAGAGCUUGGGUUCAGGAGUGUUGGCUUGAAUUUGUUCACGAAAGUAAACUAGACAACCAAAUCGGCGGAGCAUGCCGAUUGAACUCUUCGAUGAGUUUCUACCAGUCCUUUCUUCUAAGAUUUCAAUUGGACUCUUUCCAUCAUGUUGAGGCAUUUUUGCAUAGUUAUGCGGUAAACGAUCCCAGCAGUCACCAGCGUACUCGACGCAGUAACACCAGAGGCGUUUAUCAACUUUAGUCAGCAUUGUGCGUACACUGCCGAACAAAGUCCGCAUAAAACGUUCGCAGGUCCCAUUCAUCUCCGGAUUAUAAGGAACAGCCGGACUGUCUGAGACUCGCAGCGAUUGCAUAACUUUGGUCAUGUCAUCACUGCUCAGGACAGGUUCUCCAUCCCUCCGGAGGAACCACACUACCUUGUCAUCAAGUGAUAAGGAGUAGUCCUGGCGAAUGCCUUUGAUAACUUCUUCUAUUUCCUCCACACAGUCACUUUUCAGCUUAAGCGGUCGACAGAACACCUUCUUAAUUACAUCACAGAUGAUCACUAAUACACAUCUCUUUGACCUGACUGAUACGGGUUUGAUUCCAACAGCAAAGUCGAUUGCUAGUAACUUCAAUGGUUCAGGUUUGUAGUUCGAAGUAUCUCUAGCUUUUGCAUGUGGUGCGCGUUGGCCUUUAUGUAGAUCACACUCAGGGCAAUUUACCUGGAGGCCAUCUAUAUGAAAGUGCCCACAUCUUCUAUGAAGUUCGAGUCUUGUAAGGUAACAACUACUGACUCCUUCUUCUACUGUUGAACAAAUAUAACCACUAUCAGUCUCUUCUUUAAAUAAGUUGCAUGCAAGUAUGGGAAGCUGCAAGCGUGGAUGACUUCUUAUGGGUAUGGCCUGGCCGGUGUCCGUAUGUACGAGACAACCACCUGCGCCUUUGAAGUUGAAUUCCCAUCCUAAUUGCGAGCAGUUCCCUUCACCUAACCAAGGUAUAAUACGAUCUAAGUCCUUUGGUAGUGAAUCAUAAUAAACACCAUACUGGAGCCCUAAGAUGUUUGACUUUAGUUUUCCUACUCUUCCGUCUUUACUUCCAGCGCUACCAGUAAUCCUACAAGUUCUCAUAGUUAUUUCACUAAAAUCGUCUUUGUGUCUUGAAAGAUAUUUGUUUGCACAACUAUCGACUAGACUAACUUCUUCUCUUGUAGUAAUGGAACUAGUUGAAAGACUAUGUCCCACAAGUUUUACCUCCCCUGUAUUAUUUACGUUUAUUUCUUCACCCUCAUCUUCAUCCAAGUUCAGCGAGCAAAAUCCGCUUUCCACCGGUUCCGCAACUCAGCUCUGCUUUCCGCCGUUGAGAGCUUGCCACAGCUCCGCAACUUGGGACAUGUGAACCAUGCCAUUACCCUUUCCACCUUUACCCAUAGCACUACUAGAUUGGGAAUUGGUGUUCCAGUUCCAGUUUGCCUGGUUCUGUGGAUUCUUCCAACAAGACGCGGAUUUGUGACCCGGUUUGUUGCAGAUCCAACAGACUGGACGGGUGUCUUGUUUUCCAGAACCUUUAUUAUUUUUGUUCUGCGGCUUUCCUUUGCCGUUCGAAUUGGAGGCAUAGACCUCGGCGGCGAUCUUCUUCUUUGUGUUUGCCUUGAAGCGCUUGAGAGCACUUUUAGACAGAAAGAUCUUACCACCUUCAUUGGCCUUUUCCUCGUCAUCCUCCUCUUCACGAGAACGUUUAUUCGAGGUCUCCUGAACAUUGACCGGGAACGCCUUCCCGAAGGAAUCGUUCUCAACUUUGUAGGUUCCCUCCUCGAUCAACGUCGCAAGACGCUUUUCAAGUCGGUCACCAAUCUGGUCAAAUGUCAGACCAUCUUCUUCCUGCAUGCGUUCGAUCGUUGCCUUGAAGUUCUUGCAGAACAGCUCGGGCAACUUCUGUAGCAGUGCACCAUUUUGUUGGUCACUUUCUGGCACUCCUGCUUCCGGCGGGUACACGGUGGGCGACUGGUUCAUGAUGUCUCGGACUUUCGACAAGAAUCCUGUGACAUCUGCAGGUUGAUCCGCGUUGUGGAACUUCAACACGCCAUCCGUAAGCGGUUUUACUUUCAUCCGUUGUUCCUGACGGUUGUUUUGAUCGAAGUGUCCUACAUCACGAAGGAGCACAACAACCUCACCUGCAUCCAUCGCAUCCACCUGCCCAUUAUCGUUCUGGUUGUUGAUGAACGACGCAGCGGCACCUUUCAGACUACGAAUAAUCGCAUCUUUCAGGUUGCGCCACUUCUGCCGAAUUGUUUCCUCCCGAUUGGUAACUCCGUUAGGAAUACCAUGAGGAGCUGCCGGAAUGCCGACUACAUUCGUGUAGUUUUGAAGCAGGCCGAGACGGCUAGCUUCCUGACGUAUGGCAAGUUGCCAUGCUCGCCAGUCGGACUUCUGUCCGAGUUUCUUCGAAAUUUCUUUCGCAUCGCAGGACAUUUUGAAAAGUUGUUUCUAGAUGGAUUUCUACUCUAUACUUAGCUCAAGGGUCAAAGUAGUGUUGGAUACAUUCGAACACAGACUGUUAAGUCGCGUCUAGUUUCUCGGUGAGAAACACUUGAGAGUGAUACUGUUUGCACAAUUUGCACUCACAGCCUGAGACUAAUGAUCUCUGGCUGCUUUGAUCCCUGUGGAUGUUCAUUGGGGUUACAUGGAGGAAGUCUCAGCUUCAUCAUUGGGAUAUCAUGUUGCAUGGGGAAACUUUCAUAUGGAAACGCUUAUGCUAUCAUCAUUGAUUCAUACGAUCAUCCUAUGUUGAUUCUCAUCAUUGAUCAGAACUGACAGUACGUUAUGAACCUGAUUACAGCUAUGAAACAUUCAUCAUUUCUUCUAUCUGAAUACGUUGAAGGUCCUUUGCCUGAUGAUCACUGUUUUUGGAACUAUAUGCAUUUAGGUCUGUAGGUUAUCUUUGAGAUCAUUCCGGUGCUGUUUUGUCCUUGACUGUAUUGGGAGGCUUGAGCCACAAACGAGAGAGAGAGGAGAAGCCAGAGACACCCGCGCGACGGUAAACCCGUCGGGCGUUUGGAUGGUGUUCCGGUAACCUUUUGCCUGGCGAUCUUGGUCAUUUUGCUGAUCUUUAUCCUUGUGAUCUUUGUGAAUCCAUUAGGAUUAUGACCUUGACCAACAGACUAAGAUGUAAGGCCACUUUUUAAUAGACCCUGAUUUAUAUAUGUACUAUGCAGUAGAAGCAUCUUGUUUCUUUCACGUGAAGAUCAUUUCCUUCUUUCAACUUCAAGAGGGGAAAGAUGAACACGACAAAGUUGUAGAUGAAAGGAGCAGUCGUAUUUUGGGAUGAAUUUGGGUCGUCAUCUUCUCUAACUCCAAACAGGAAGCAUCAAGUCCGAUGUUAAGUGGUGGAGCAGCGGCAGCGUCGAGUGGAGCACGGAUGCCACCGAAUAAUCGAACUAGAAGGCCACAACAGAUAUUAUGACAUGAUACAUAGAUGAAGAUGUGACUUUUUUACCUAGUAGACUUUUUUUGCUUACAGUUUUCCAGCCUUCGAAGAAUUAUAUGGGAAGUCCAAGUCGUCUAGCUUGUGUUGUAAACACUCAGAUACAGAUUAGCGCUAGGACGACGAUACAGAUAGUACUACAAACUACAUAGUACAUUACUUCUCUAAGACCCGAGAAAAUCAUUACAGCAGCCGACUUUGAUCCGGACGGAGCAGGAUUUGUUGACCUCAUGGAAGCCGAAGACGUCAGCAAGAUGACACCAUUGAUGUAUGCUAGUUUUGAAGGUACUUCUAGCUAAGUAUUUGUGUGUGGUGUUGUAAAAACUACUACAAGUAGAAGGUUUUCUGGAACGUAAGUUGUUUUUUUCUUGAACAAAGUAUCGUUAUCACCACUGCUCUUGACUUUUCUCCAUGAUGGUCACACAAUGUGUUUGUCCAUUUCAUCGUCUCGAAACCAUCAGUAUCAGGUAACCUGCAGGCCAUCGAUCUUUUAUGUCAUCAACCAUAAGGUAACCUGCAUUUCAUCGAUCUCUUGUGUGACAAUGGAGCAGAUGUUUUAGCGCAAGACGAACUAGGGAAUACAGCUCUUCAUUGGGCAGUGCAAGGAGGCGAACAUGAAGCGUGCGCAAACCUCUUGUCAUGGGAAAGAGGAGCUCAAGCGCUCUGUCUGAGUGACAAACUAGGUAAAAUUCAUUGACUUUCCCCUUAAGAGUUCGAUGAAGCCGAAAGAAACGAAAGAAACCCACUGUGUCUUUUUUGACUUCUCUUUUUGGGUUCUGCGAUUCCUAGCUAGGGCUCAUCUCGCUGUAGAUACUGGAGCCAAUUAUUCCUCGCAUGCACUUCAAACCACCCUCGGCCCACCAGGUCAAACACCCAAUGACAUUGCGAGAAUAUAUGAUCGAAAAUUUUGGCAUAUUCGAAACCACCAGUCUCUCUUGGAGGUCCUUGCGAAAGAGUACACGAGAAUAAAGAUUCCGAGUUUAGGUAGUCGUUUUUUCAUGAUGAAACAAACGGAGUUGAAGCAUAAUAAACUACCCCUUCUUGCUCUGCUUCUCUUUUAUCCAACCAUGAUGCUACAACAACUUCUUCACCAUCAUCCAGGUUUCCUCCUCCGAACAGAGCGCAAGGCCCGUUUCGUGGCUAUGAAUGCGGGACAGUAUUCGGCGCUCGCAAUGCCAAUAAUAACGCGAGAGCAGCAGAUGUUGGAGAAAAAGAAAAGACCUAAGCCAAGAUCCAGCUUCUGUGAUGUUGGUGGAGGGUGGAUGCCUUAGUAGUGCUAUGAACAUGAUGUUGAUGAUUUUCAUACAUAAAAUGCACAGCUGCUACUGCAGAAGCGAGGACAGUAGGGAACAAGAUACAACAAAAUGAACUUCCAACAUAAAGUGAACUUUCGUAUGUUGUUGUUGAGAAUAGAGAUUGAUUUUACGCAUGAUGACUUUCUUAUCUUGGGAGGAGGACCUAGGUUCAACAGGGGGAGAAAGAUAAACAUAAACAUAAAGAUGAACAGUUGUCCUGAAGCACAUGAAAAUGUUGAUGUCAUCUACAUCUAACGAUUUCGACCUCAUCCAACGUGGUUUUGGCUUUUCUUAUAUAACUUGCCGAAUGAAGAUUAUGAUGAUCAAGAUCAUGGCUUCUAUCUUCAUGAUCUUCUCGUAGGUGGACGAACUGCCCAAGAAUAGUGGCCAAUAGUGGCGACUAGAUUUGCCUGAGACGCAGCGAGGAC